CAGCCUCCGGUCGGCGAGUCUUGAUUGCCCGGAGCGCGGCAGCUGGGGAAAAACAAGACCAAGUCGGCGGGGAGCGGGUAGUCGAUGGCGGUCGGGCGGCGGCGGUGGCGGUGAUGUUUGGGGCGCUGAAAACUCCCGUGCAGAGUCGCUCGAAAGUCACUCAGCAGGUCUCAAUGGUCGGGAAGGGUGUGAAACGGAAGCGCCUUGCCGAAGGAGGCCUGGACUCCUUCCAGAAUCUGGCCGACUGCCCGCAGUCCUACAGCCUCAAGCGCCAGCUGGUGCUCAACACCUCGUUGAGUAAGAUGCAGAGCGGGCGCGCGCUGCCUGAGCUGAGCCUCCGGCGCACCGUGCUGAUCGCCAACACCCUGCGGCAGAUCCAGGAGGAGAUCCGGCUGGAGAGCAGCCAGCUGGUGUCGGCCAUGGAUUUGGAUGUGGGCGGGGCAGAGCAGGGCAUCCUUCGGGAGCCCCUGCCUUCACGGCUGACCACAGAGAGCUAUCCGGCCAGCUUUGGAGACGGCCUCGAGGACUACAUGGCCAUUGCCUCCGACGAAGACUUCUCCCUGUCCUCCGCCAUUAACUCCAUUCUCCGGGAUCUCGACCUGGUCAUCGACGGGAGCCCACCGUUGUCGUCCCCGCAGGACGCAGUGGAGACAAUGGACCUAGCAGAGGAAGAGGGAGCUCAAUCCUCAGAGCCUCCCAGGCCCCUGGAGUCGGUGUUUGGCAGCUUUGAGAUCAUGAGCUCCAACUACCUCGUUGGUGUGACCUUGGACGACCUCUUCCUCGACAUUGACACCUCCGUGUGCGACUGCGACGUAGCAGGCUCAUCUCCCAGCGGCCGGGUGGCUCCUCCAGGCCCGGCUGAAGAUUCGGGCAAGAGCUUCCCCUUGUGCAAUUCCUCGUCGCUUGGGGCCAGUCCGAGUUUAAGGACGGACCUAAAUGACCUCGAUCACAUCAUGGAAAUCCUGGUCAGUUCCUAAGGAGCCAUUAUACUGUGACAGGACACUAACUUCCACUAGCCAAAGAUGACGCCUCCCACCUAAUACCCCACUCUUUCCCAUCGCCCCCCCAGAAAAAAAAAUACCCUCUCUGACUUGCUGGAGGGGAGAUAAACCAGUCCAGCCCCAUGGCUCACAUUCUACUCAGGGCCCUCAAUCAGCAUGGGGCAACACCUGUUAUUUGGUGCGGGGAGGUGGAAGGGACGAGGCUGUAACUUUUUAAAACAAUCGGUUUAGGUACUCCCAAAAUCAUUGAGCGAGUGUUCCUCGAGGCCACCGCGCCAAGUCCCAGGUAAAGCAGAUCAAGGAUUUUUCACCUGGAAAUGCGGUUGGGAGAUAUUUUUUAAACUUAAUGAUCGUAUUGAAUGUGCAUUUUCUCUCGGAAGUCUGCUUUUUAGUUUCUCUGCGAGUUCAGUUUUAAGGCUUUUAUUAUAAAAGAGAAAAGGGAAGACAGAUCCUUUUCGCGUCUCCAUUUGAACAUGAAGAAUUAAGAAUGAAGCUGGUCCAGAUAUAAGCUGCUGGAAACCCUUUGCAGAGAUCUGGCUAUCAUGUAGAGGGGUCUCCUGCCCUCAUCGACAGAACUCUUUGUGUCUCUUUCGUGUUCAAACCACACUGCUGGAUGAAUGAGGUUCGGAAAUGCGUCCACUAGUUAGUCUUUGAGCUGCGUCUCACAGAUCAGAGAGCAGAGGUUGGUUUUGGACUCAACGGUCUUGAUGCUGUGGGAACUCAGGUCGUUCCAGUAUCUGCGUUCUCUUCUGUUUUAACCUGACAAGACACUUGGAGACUUCGCACGUUUGCUGAGCUGAGGCCAUUAUCCUGCUUCCCACUUUGCCUUUCUCUCGGUAUGACCUCCACAGCCUAAAUUUGCACUGUGGACAUUUGACCGUCUAAAGGGGCGAUGUGUGUGUGUUUUUUUUUCAUUUAAGCCUUGCCCCACAGUCAUCCUGCUGCUGUGGUCCCGAGACGUCCUCUGCCUUAAUGCCCUGCGUACUUCACACGGGGAAACGGGAGACUGCUGUGGAGGCUCCUGCCUUUGUCCCGGAAGUGCCAGUCUCUCGUGUUAUACAGUCCAAAUGAAGUCACCGAGCACACUUCUUUUGAACGAAGGCUUGCUGUAGGGAAAAUGAAUGAAAGUGGGCGGCCUGGCAUAAAGAGAAAGACCGUGUCACCCUUUUGUGCAGCUUUUGGAUUCUCUGAGUGAUGCGGUGCUGGAAUGGCCCUAUAGCAGGGGUUCCCAACCAUUAACCGAGAGCCCGUGGACCCCACGUUGGGAACCCCUGCCCUGUACUGAUUAUUUUUGUUCUGGUCACUCAUUUUUGUCUACAUUGCAUUUUUUUUAUAUAUACCACUUCGUGCAAGAUGUAGGGUGCAAUUCUUCCAGUAACUCAGUUUUUGAUCCUCUUCAAUACAGGGGAGGGUCUGUACCAUUCAGUAUUUUAGUAACUUUUUUAGGGUGUCUUGAAUGUUUUCUGAUGUAUUAAGAGUAUGGUCGCAGCUACGCAAAGCUGUGUUUCUUCUGUUUUAUAAAAGAUAUUAACGUUAAACAGCCAUAAUUGAUGUUUCAUAACCGCACUACAGGCACAGUUAAGUAUUUUUUGACUAUUUCAUGAUGUCACACUGUAUGGGUCAGAGUUUAGCAGUAAUUAAGUUGAAUAUUUCUAUCAGUUGUAUAUGCCACUUAAUUUGUCUUCCUGUGUGAAUUUUUUUUUAAGUGGGUGGGUGGUGGGUUCUGAUCGAGUGUAAAUUAAUACUGAAGGCAGCUUGCCUUUCCUGAGCCACUUCCAGAGUCUGCUUCUUGUGUGGGGGGAAGCUGAGCGGCAAAUCUAAAGGGAUUCAGCGGAUGAACGUGUUCUUCCUUAAAAAGGGCUAGGUUUGGGAUCAAGAACGUGAGGUCAGCUCUGCGAGGCAUGGUUUCUGUGCUGCAGCCUUCAGAAAAUCGCGAAGCAAUAAGUGUUUUAACGCAAAGGCGAGGGAAGUGCCUCUGGGGUCUGUCGAGCUGCAUGUCUGCAUGCUCCCGGUCGCCAAUAGGAGAGUUUACCGACUUAUUCUUGUGGCAGCCUUACAGUUACUGUUUAGCCCCCCCCCCCCCAGAGUGGUGUGUAUUCCACGCAUUUGAGCAGUACAAUGAGUGGUCCCUUUUGGGGAGUGGGAAACUAAGGUGUACAUUUAAGACUUUUUAAUUUUGUUCUGCCACUUUAUCUAUGUUGGGUUUGCACCUGCUAUCUUGGGACAAUAGUAAAUGUGACUUUUUAUGAAACUCCUUUUCAUUACUACACUUGCCUGCUCUUCCUGCAUGGCAAUGCUUCACGAAGAGUAUUCUGAAUCUCAAAAGCCAUGCUUUGAUUGUGGGAUUUUUACCCUCUCACUUGUCAGUAAUUGUUUUUGUAAUCUGUACAAGACUUGUUUGUGCACAUGUGCUGUCUCCAAACAUUUCUAGCCAUUUGCCUUGUUUCUGGAAGCAAAGGAAUUGGGCAACAGUGCCGAUUCUGUACCAGUCACUUGGAAUGGUUCUUUAUUGAAUAACUGCUCUCCCCCUCCAGAUUGGCAAUUUAUCCCUGCUUUUGCCGUUGUGCUGAAGUCACUCAGAGGGUUUAGUCGUCUAUAAACUUUGCCCAUGGCUCCACCUCAUGGCCACACCAAUAUUGGAAGCACUGCAUACUUAGAUUGUUCUCCACAAGCUUACUUUUCAAUAUUGUUAUUUAAAAAGCGGUCGUUUAACAAAGGUGUAAACUAAAAUGGGGCGGGGCACAGUUUCAUUCCAGGCUUUAAAGUUUAUACAAAUGUAACUAAUAUUUCCCCCAAUUUUAAUUGUGAGUUGCUGCAAGUAGACAUGGACUACCUUAUUAAAUGUGGUCCACAUUUUUACGGGUUGGAUUUGACCAUUAGUGACUGUAAGGAAUACCUAGGAGAAAGAGGAACCAGUGGAAAGCUUGCCAAGGUAGGGUAGUGUUUGGCACAAUGCUUCAUAGUUGAACCCCCAACACUGUCUGUAAGAAGUUCAUACAUCCUUCCCAUGAGCAGUGUGCUCCCACAGUCCAAAGGUUUGAUUGGUCAUUGUAAAUUGUCCCAUGGUUAGGCUAGGAUUGAAUAGGUGGGUUACGGCUUGUCUGGCCGGUAGGUCCUGUUCUGUGCUCUAUCUAAACAAAUAAGUUGCAAGUUUAAUUGGUCAUUGGUGUCAAUGGGGUUGACACUACCUUUCCAAGUUGAUGGCCUUUUUCCUGUGUCCAUUCCAGGUUGCACAGACUGAUUCCUCAUCUGUCAAGGCUGUGGUUGGCAGGGUCGUCCUGUAGCAGGGGUCAGUGACUCCAGGUUGGGAACCCCUGUCCUUGUAGCAUACAGCCGGAGAGGGAGACUUUCCCGUACUGUUUACAAUCAUGAUAGGUUCAUAUUGCUCAUGGCUACCUUCAUUCCAUUGUUUUGGUGCAGAUUCACGUGUGAUUUGCCAGCUGCUUGCUGCUUUGCUCCAAUGACCGUUCUGUAUUCGGUGUGAGACGAGCAAGUUCUGCUCCUCAUACCCAGAAUAAAAGAUCAGUGACUGAGGGUACCAUAAUGCUUUUAUUUUCCUAUUCCUAUAUUUUUUAAUUUUUUUGUGCAGGACUUCAGAAGUCAUAUUUGUGUUUGCAGAGAAACGGUGAUGUUGGAAGCUGUCAGCUAUGGAAAGUGAUAAGCAAGUUAAGGUUUCAAGUGGGUCCAUUCAUUAACUAAUGUCUCUUCCCAAGCAGACUGACCUUGUGUAUCUCCACAUUCCCUAUCUUGUUCUGCUUGGUAGAAGCUGACUCCUGUCUGCAUGGACUUUUAACUGGAGAACGCAGCUGUCAGUUUGGCAAUGUGUUGUCCUUGCUUCGCGAUAUCAAGGACCGUGAGUCAGAUUAAUGCUGUUGAUCAGUAACAAUGAAAGGCCCAGUGUGAUUGUUGGAGAGCCAGUGUUCAAAGCAAAGUCUUGUGCACAUCAAGUGACAACAAUGUUGAGUUGAGAAUUAUGUGAAUUUUAUUUAAUGUGAAUAGUUAUAUAUUUAUGAAAAUGUUUAACAUGAAGUUUUGCUUCAACGCAGCAAGUCUUUUAGAAUAAGUUGACACAUCCUACCUGUAAACAGUUCCACAUAAACCCAGCACAACCCUCAAAUGUAGAUUUUUUUAAAAGGGUUUUUUUUGGGAGGGGAGUUGAUGCCAUUCAUAAUGUCCAGCUCCUCUCCAGACUUCUGUGACUUGUGAUGAAUCUUACUGAUUCCACUUCAAUCCUCACGUACGCUUCUUGGAAAAAGGAGGUACUACCCUGCCUCAGUGUGCGGGUGUGUGAGGAGACCUGUUGAACUGUUAGCUGUGGUGUCUGGCUCAAGUCUGCUGUAUGGUGCUUGUAUUAUAAGAACCCCCACCCCUCCCCAUCCCCUACGAGGGCAGGGAAUGUGAAGGAUUCGGUGACUUUGGGCUCACAAGGUGUUUGCUAGUGAGACUGCUAACAGAACACCUGUUUGGUUUAUGGUUGUGCUGUGGUUUAAGGUAUCAACCAGAUUGUGGUGCUGCUCAAAUGUCUAUGCAAUUACUGUCCAAUACAAAAUGCAGGUAUUUACAGUUUCUUAAAUAAAACCUUUAAA